AAUUACUUCUGUAUUUCAGACAAUUGAGUUUCUUUUCAGCAAAAAGAUAUUAUUGAACAUGGAGGGCUAUACUCCAAUAUUCUGUGCUGGUGUUUUGGAUUCUCUGGCAGUGGAAUUGAAGGCGACAAAGGAUUUCUCCAAGUUAUAUGCUGGCAUUGCAAUACUUGGGUAUAUUGCUUCUGUUCCAGAAUCCGUCAACACCCGAGCCUUUUCUCAUCUUCUCACUUUCUUGGGCCAUAGAUAUCCCAAGAUCCGGAAGGCUUCUGCUGAACAAUUUUACUUUGUCCUCCUGCAAAAUGGAGAACUUGUGAUAGAGGAUAAGAUGGAGAAAGCGCUUGAAAUUAUUUCCGAAACUUGCUGGGAAGGUGAUAUAGAAGAAGCAAAACAGCGACGAUUAGAGUUGCAUGAUAUGGCUGGUCUAGAAACAGGGCUACUUCCCAAAAUUGGGAAUGGAGCAUCAAACAAGGAUGGUGAGAAGAGGCCAACAGCCAGUAAUGAGAAUGCAUCAUACUCUUCCUUGGUUGGGUCAACUGGGUUUGAAAGAUUGGUUGACAAAAACAGUGUUCCUUUGAAACAAAUUUUAUUUCCUCAAUCAUGAAAAAUGUUGCUUUCC